GGAGAAAACCGGUGACUGUGCAAAAAACCUUGUUUUAUUUUUGGGGACAUUACGCAUGAAUAAUAACGCGGAACUGCGUCUGGAAUCAUGUGAUGAACUGCUCGUGAACGAGUAUAAAAUUUAUCGCGAACGUGGUUUAGUGCAGUUCGGAGUUAUCUUAAGUUCAAGCUUUUUAAGGUAAGUGUUUACGUUAAGUCUCGAAACCGAAAGGUUUGCGAUGGAGAUUUUACAUCGAGUCAUGCAUGUAGUUUGCAAUUGAAAUGCAUGCACCGGUAUUUGCUUGGCUAGAGGAAUGGUUAAUUCACGGGCUUACGUAAUUGAUUUUGUUUGGCGUGGUAUGCUAAAUCAACUUGUAUGUUUCUCUUUUUACCUCUGCAUGCAUUUAUUUACAUGGAUUUGCGAUGCACAACGAUUUAACUACAGUGGAACCUCCCAUGAGCGUAACUGCAGUAUCCAUUGCCGAUUAUAACUGUUUCCAGUCCCCUUGUUUCUGAUCUACUCGUAUGGUUUCUUUCCAUCAUGCUAAAAGUUUCGGAAAUUUCGGUUGAGAAAUAAAUGGAAUGCUUCCUUCCAUGUAGAAAUUUUCUGGUCAAAGCACAGGCUGCCCACACUCUGUGGGAGUUCGUUGGACUUCGAAUUUAUAAGAGAAUGUAUGAAAAUAAACAAAAUCUGUUCUUGGGCUACCUGUGGUCAAAGUGGUCCACUUCCACAGGUGGUCCUCUUUGACCGGUCGGUCUGAUCCGAUCGAAACUUGUUGUUCCAUGUCAAAAAAUUCUCGUUUCCAUUUCUACUUUGCCAAGCAGUAAUCAAACUUUCAGUCAAAACCGAAUCGACCACUUCAAUUUGUUUGGUAACUUUGGGUGCUUUCCAUUCAACCAAAAUGUCUGGUUUGCAUUUUUGGCAACUUCCAGUAGAGAAUGGCAUAGCAUUUUCCAAAAUUUGUAAAAAGAGGACAACCUUGCGAGGUAUAACCAGAUUUUCGGAAACUUUUUCCUGGAAGUUUUCUUUCCAUUCAACUUUGCUCUCCGAAUUUCUAGAAUUUUUGGUUGAAAGGUUCACAUUUCGAAUUUUCAACAGCUUGUGGAAUUUCUGGAAACUUUUCUGGGAAAUUUCUGUACAAUUUGCCUUUGUUUCCAAAUUUUCAAAAGUUUUAGUUGAAUGGAAAGUGCCCUUUCAAUCAAUGUCGUUCCAUUUUCUCCUUAUAAUUUUACUGGUUUGGCUGCCUGUUUGGUUUGGUUUAUUUUGGUUUCAUAUAAAACACUCAUGCACUCACUCGUCCUCUUCAUUCCAGUGGGGGUGUAAGGCCAUAAUCAAAUUUUGGCACUCUACCCUGUCCUGAGAGUCCGUGAAAAUUGCCUUCAAGUGACUAUUCCCCCUUGUUUAAUUUUGUGCGGUGCCCAUAUUCAAGAGAAAACCUAGCGGGCACCUUUUUCCACACAGAUAUAGUAAUUAUUAAUAUUAUUAUAUUGUAAUAUAUGAUAUGUCUUUUAUCUUUUCACAGAUAAACUGACAGUGGAUGUGAAGACCUAAGGGUGUAUUUUCUUUUCUAGUAAAAUAUUGAUCUCUCCUGCUAGAAUCAAACAGGUCUUGUAGUGCAGUCAUGGCAAGAGCAAACCAAUUUUCACUGUUAAUGUGGAAAAAUUUCAUCCUUCUUAAGAGAGCCCCAGUGCGAACUUUUUUUCAGAUUGCAAUGCCUCUCCUGUUCAUAGCCAUCCUAGUCUUUCUGCGAGCUUUCGAGAUAAAGAAUGAGUACAAACCAAAUGUCACGUAUCCUGCCUUUGAGGUGAAUAAACUUCCAUCAGAUGUGUCAAAACUCAAUCAAAUUGCAUUUGCACCUAACACUAGUGCUGUAAAAGAAGUUAUCAACGACACUGUGAAGCAGCUUGGAUUUACACAUGCUGAGCCCUUUAUCAGUGAAGAGGAUAUGGUUAACUAUUUAGUCAGUUUACAAGGCAAUAACAAAACAUUCCUCGGAGGAAUUGUCUUCAAUACAAGCCUGAACAGUAGUAAUAUUAUAUACAAGAUCAGACUGAGCUCAAAGACUGAUAUAAAGCAAAAUGGUGGCAAGGAAGAAAGGCAAGGGUUUGGUACAAGUCCUUCUACAACCUGGAAUACUCAGUUUACAUUUCCAGUUUUACAAGUUCCAGGACCAAGGAACAAAAAUGCCUCCCACGGUGGCCCUCCAUUUUAUUUUGAAGCUGGAUUUUUGGCAAUUCAACAUGCAGUGGAUGUUGCUAUCAUGAAGUACAAAGGGAAGAUUGACAUUCUGAAUACAACAGUGUCAGUGAAGCGGUUUCCAUAUCCUGAUUACACUCAUGACAAUUUUGUUCUAGUUAUACAAACUAGCCUUCCUCUUCUUUUGAUGUUAUCUCUUAUUUUCACUGCCUUGAACAUUGUCCGUGAUGUUGUCUAUGAAAAAGAGAAAAAAUUAAAGGUAAGGAAAUUCAAUUUUUAUUUUUAUUGAUCAUUGUUAAUAACAUUUGAAGGCUCUUCAUCCAUGACCCUGAGCAGUAGUUGUGCUCAGAUUUAACAGUCAUGUAGAAAAUGUAAAUUUCCAGUGGAAUAUAAUCUAUUCAUAACCAAUAAUUGAUGCAUUCAGCAUGCAUGCUCCAUUGGAACACUUUUCUACCCUCUCGUACAACAUAAUUGGCUCAUGAAUAGAAAAUGAAAAUCUCCAGUGGAAUCUAUUCAUGUUUAAUGGAUCCUGUACACUAAGGCAGGACUUUCUGCCUUUUCACCACUAUACUCAAAAUUUCUUGUCUAGGAAAGCAAAAUAUAACAAUGGCAAGGAAUCCAGACCUAACAUGUAAUCUGCCACAUUUAUGCUAACUUUGGCUGCCAAGGUUAAGAAAUUUGAAUGUUGUAAAAAAUAAAAAAGAAACAGGCAUUGAUAAACAUGGAGAAUCUAAUUUGUGGAUGUGCAGGUGCGAAGGCUUGACUUGAUCCUGUAACUCAAACCCUGCCCCAAUCCUAACACCUCUAGUUGGACCUGCACCUGCUCCCAGCAAAUAAUAAUUAUAUUAACCCAAGGGUUGUCCAAUACUGUCAACUAGACUCUAUUUGUAUCCUAGCGUGCAGAGAAAGUAGUGUCCGAUGGCCCAGGACUAGUGGAUUUUGUUAUUAACUUGCCCGAUGGGCAAAUGAAUUUUUUUGAGGAAUUCAAAUUACAGAAGAACUGUGAAAUCAAUCUGCUCAUCAAAACGUUGUUUGGGCUAGUUGAAAUGAUAUUUGGGCUAGUAAAUGUUAGCUUCAGCUUGCCUUAAUGGCAAGCUGUAAAAAUGACUUUCUUUGCACCUUGUAUCCCCUUGCUUUCCUUCGGAAAACCAGUAUUCACAACGUCUCUCUUUACUUAACCCAGUUGUAUAAAUGGAUAGUAGUCUGGAAUCAUUGCUUGUUGCUGGGUUAACCCUAAGUUGGACUAUGUAUAGCAUCCUAUCCAAGGGGAAUUGGUGCAGUAAUUCUUGCUUUUAUAGACAAUGAGUUUAGCCAGUCCCAGCUACAUGCACUUUAACAUCUACCUUUUACAUUAUAUUCAUUGAUAGAUUUGAUCAAUUUUAAAACAGGUAUUGAUUCUACUUAAUUUGACAGGAAUCGAUGAAGAUGAUGGGACUGAGUGGCUGGUUACAUUGGCUUGCAUGGUUCACAAAGUAUUUCUUGUUCCUCCUUAUCAUUAUGGCCUUUGCAACCUUUUUCUUUACUGUAAAAUUCAACUCCAAUGGCCGUGUCCUGAACAAAACUUCUCCAACUGUUCUGUUUGUUUUCCUCAUGCUCUAUGCAAUCUCUUCCAUAAUGUUCUGCUUCUGCGUUAGUGUAUUCUUCUCCAAGGCAAACAUUGCUGCAGCUGCUGGAGGGAUCAUCUGGUUCUGCAAUUACAUCCCAUACUUUUUUGUGGCACAGUACUAUGACACAAUGAGCGUAGGAGCCAAGGCUGCAUCGUGCCUUCUCUCCAAUGUCGCAAUGUCAAUGGGAGCUCAGCUGAUUGGCAAAUUUGAAGGAGCUGGCAUCGGAUCUCAGUGGUCAAAUCUUGACCAGGGACCUUCUAUCGAUGAUGAUUUUACUCUUGGUCUUGUCAUGGUCAUGUUUGUGGUAGAUUCCUUGAUCUAUGGUCUCAUUGCUUGGUAUGUUGAGGCUGUUUUUCCUGGAGACUUCGGUGUUCCACAGCCGUGGUACUUUCCUGUUUUACCCAGUUACUGGUGUGGUAAAGGCAAAGAGGUAAGGUAGACUGGUUUUAGAAAGGUUGGUACCUAGAAUCAUUAAACUAUCUCCAUCGUAAGUAAUUAGAUAAAUGUAGGAGUGGGGAUGGGGUAAGUGAAUGUUUGAAAACCAAGUGGUGCUGGUGACUGGUUGUUUUGCCUAUGAAUCAUUUCGCUAAUGUCCGGUUCGUUAAGGUCCUCGAAACUGAACCAGUGAUGCACAUGUAUAUACUUUGUUCUUUAAGCCAUGACACACAAAAGUGUGACACCUAUGCAUACAUACCUGGUUUGUUCUUUAAGCCACUGAUUACUCAUUGGGCAAAAGACUUUAGGGAACUCACAAAUGUUAGUGAAUUGACUUAUGAGGUGAGCUAGCAGGGUUUGGCAAAAUGAUAGGCACAAUGACCAUAAAUCUUAAGGUCAUGGUUAGUACAUACUUUUCCUCUUUCAGCCAUAACACUUAACAUCUGUCUUGCCCCCAUUAUAAACUCCUGCUCCACUGCUGCUUUUUUCAUUGUCGUUAGAUAUAGCGUUAUUACUCUUCUUAGACUUGUACUCCUGAUUGCACAUGGCCAACCAUACCCUAAAAGUUACUUAUGCCUUUAUUUUUGCUUUUAAUUAAUCUCUUAAAUUUCUGAUAUUUAUUCUCUUUAGGUGGAGAUAAAAGAGUUCCAUGACUUAGAAAAUGGCUCCAGCCAAACUGGGAUGUCAGCACCUGAAUUCUUAGAAAAGGAACCAGUGAGUUUGGUGCCUGGAAUUGAAAUUAAAAACCUCAAGAAAGUGUUUUCUACUGAAAAAGGUUUGACUUGAGUUAGUUAUUUCUUCAUAUAUCAGGGCUCUGCUCUAAAAUCACCUGGAGGUGACCUAGAGACCCCAGGGACCUUCAUUUGGCACUGAUUGGGUGCAGACUAGGAUAUAUCAUUGACGAUUUUACUUAAGAAUCAUAUGCUGGGCACCCUGGAUUUCACAGGCUCAGUGCACUCUACAAUUAUUAUUUUUCUUAGAGAACAGCUUUUCACAUACAUGUUAUCAUUAUUAGAUAAAUGUGUCUUUGCUAUUUUAUGUAAGGCAACACUAACUGGUGUGUAAGUUGUUUGAAGACAAUUCAAUACAGACAGGGUAAGUAUAAAAACCAAAUGCCAUUAUGUGUAUACACCAAGUUGCCAGGAGUAUUGCCAGCAUGGUAAAAUUUAUUUAUACCUUACUCUUCUACUGAGUUUCAUCAUAAGGUUACUGUGUAAAGAAAUCCAGAUUGUAACCUUCAUAAGCAGUGGCGGAUCUAGGAGAAUGCUCCCCACCUUUUUUACAGCCAAACCAAGCCCGAGAGAAAGUAUUUUUUAAGAGGGGUUACAUAAAACUACUGUUAUCUCAGGGUAUUGAUGAGUGGACCCAAUUAUCUGAAGUCCUGGAUUUAAGUCAUAAGUCACAUAAUCAAAUUAUGAUAACUAAGUUUCCUUGUUUGAUUCAAAAAUAAUGUUUUCAUUUCAGUCUUUCCAAAGUGUACUUUUUAAAUUUAUUUUAUUUUUUCUUAUUUUAUAGGAAAGAAAGUUGCGGUUAAUGGAGUAUCACUGAACAUGUAUGAAGGCCAGAUAACUGCUCUACUGGGGCACAAUGGAGCAGGCAAAACAACUCUUAUGUCCAUGCUGACAGGGUUGUUUCCUGCUUCAUCUGGCUCAGCUCUUGUUAAUGGCUGUUCCAUUAGAGAUAACAUUAGUGGAGUGCGCAGCAGCUUGGGUAAGUUAUGUGUACAUUCUUGACUUCUAAUCAAGAGAGGUUCUGAACUGCUAUGAUAAUAUUGCAAACAUAGAAUUAAAGCUAUUUUUGUUAUUUGUGAGAUGGUAGUAGGCUCGAUUUCUGCCACUCUCUCGUCAGUCAUCAUCAUCAUCAAUCAUCAUAAUCAUUAUCAUCAUCAUCAUCAUCAUCAUUAUCGCCACCAUUGUCAUCACCGAAUUCACCAGCAUGUGUUUUAGAAACCCUGAAUAAAAUACUUGUUGCUAAUCAGAAAAUUUUGCUCCAGGCCUUUGUCCUCAACAUGAUGUGUUGUAUGACCAUCUGACUGUUGAGGAACAUCUGUGGUUCUUUGCUAAGUUAAAGAACUGUCCAUCCCACCGUGUACGGCAGGAGGUCAACAGAAUGAUUGAAUGCAUUGGACUUGCUGACAAGCGACAUACACAGACCCGUGCACUGUCUGGUGGCAUGAAAAGAAAACUUUCUGUUGGAAUAGCACUUAUUUCAGAUUCCAAGGUUAGCAUGGUUAUGUCAUCUUUUAUCCCUACAUGAAAAUUUCAUCUCAAGAAAAUUAUUUAUGUGUGCGUAUUGAAAGAAGUCUGUAUAAUCAAAGGCCCUCUGAAAUACUUAAAUGAUUUUCUUACGCUUUUGCAUGCUUAAACUUAUUAGUUCCCUACCUUUUCAUACGCCUGGAGCGUGAAAAAGGAGCUUCCCGUCUAGGGAGUGCCCCCCCCCACACACGCACAUACACAGGGAGAAGCAGCGCCGUAUUCAUUAGCUGCCAUGACUGUGCAAGCUUCUACAAGUUACCUGUAGUUUAAACAAACACCGAUGAUGAUGAUGAUGAUGAUGAUGGUGAUGAUGAUGAUGAUGAUGAUUAUGUUAUUGAGUCUUAUUUUUUAACAGGUUGUAAUGCUGGAUGAGCCAACAUCUGGCAUGGACCCCUCAGCACGCAGAUUCACCUGGGAUUUGCUACAGCAGCAGAAGCAAGGAAGGACUAUACUUCUUACCACGCACUUCAUGGACGAAGCUGAUAUCCUUGGUGACAGGAUCGCCAUCAUGGCAGAAGGAAACAUCAAAUGCUGUGGAUCUUCCCUCUUCCUUAAGAACAAGUAUGGAGUGGGCUAUCACAUGGCUAUGGUAAAGGAGCCCCAUUGUGACGUAUCCAAGAUUAUAUCUGUGGUGAGCGGUCAUGUGCCUACAGCAAUGCUGGAGAGCAAUGUUGGUGAGUUUAAUAUGUUCAGCUGCCCGUGUGAUACCACCAUCCUCUAACCACUUGUGAGAUCGUCAGUUUUAACGUAUUGGGGAGCUUAAACAACGACGACAACGGCAGUAAAAAGGUCGCUAAAAAUGAAUUUACGUCCUUUCAAACUUAUUCGCGUCUAUUUGGACCCCGCUCUAUUUGUCAAAUGAAGGCCAAUUUUCCUGCAGUCGAAUUCUUGAGGACUUAAAUAUCCAGGUUCAAAAAGAGAAAGGAAAAUUCGUCCACGUAUGUUCAUGCCCUCCAUAAAACCAUAGUUAAACAUUGUCAUUAGGAGGUUUCACGUCUUGUCAAGGAAAUGUACCAAAAAGCGUGAUGCGCGUGCAGAACAGUUGUUUUGCUCAUAAAACCAAUUCUUUUGGACGUUGUCGUUGUCGUCGUCGUCGUCGUCGUGGUAUCUACUCUGUAUGUAUCUACUUCUCGUAUUUUUCAAGUUAACCCUUUUAACUUCUAGGCCAUGUUGUGGUGAGAUUAUUUAUCACUUACCAUAAAAUUCCGAAAGUAAGCCCCGGGGCUUAUAUUUUUUAAAGGCCCUUUUUGAGGGGCUUAUUUUUGGAGGGGCUUUUAUUCGGAGGGGCUUAUCUACGGAGGGAAAUUUGCGUUUCAAAAUCGAUUGGGCUAGCCUUAUAGUUGGAAGAAAAUUUACCGUUUUUGCUUUGUUUUACUUUGUAUUUGAGGGCAAUUUCCAAGUACAAGCCCCCGGGGAGCUUAUGUUUGGAGGGGCGAUUUAACGGAGGGUUUUUUUGCGUUACGAGUUUGGGGGGCUUAUACAUGGAGGGGCUUAUUUUCGGCAUUUUACGGUAACUUUUUAAUAUUAGGACGAAAUCCUAUGGUGUUACCAUUCAAAUUAAACCUCUUGGGCAGAACGUUUGCAUAGUACUAUUUAUUUCGUAGGAUUUUACAAAAAGAAAUUUGAAUUACCGGUAUUUUGUAAUUUUUUUCCUCGGCUACUAUUAGAAGUAAAGGGUUGAACGUGGUAGAACACUCACGCUCAAAUUACAAACCAUACAAACCAUACAAACCUGCCAGCGGCAAGAAGCAAAAGGGAACAGUGCACGUAAUUCUUACAAUUUGUGUUGUUGUUCUUUGAGCAGGAGCUGAGCUAUCAUUUGUUUUGCCAAGUGAAGCUACAGAUAAGUUCGAGGGGCUUUUCUUGGAGCUGGAAAAUCGCCGGCAGGAGCUUGGCAUCGCUAGUUACGGUGCUUCAGUUACUACACUGGAAGAAGUGUUUCUAAAGGUUGGGGAGGAAAUGGACAGCACACUCAGCGAUAAACUUCAAAAACGGGAUCAAGAAGGUUGGUUAUGAUUAUGAUAGAGAAAAUAUGUCUUUCGUUUUCUUUUUAAAGGCUGGGGCUAUGUCACGCUAUUUGCUGCCUUUUUAAAAAGAUAAAAUGUGUCGUUACAUCGAUAGAAUUCCAGAAAUAAUGGUACAGUUCUGUUAUUUAAAAACUGUACGUAGGCAUUGAAACUGUUUCCUGUCGUCUGUUGCUACGGAUGGCAAGAUGGACGUGGCCCGCCACCCACGAAGAAGGUGACUCGCAGGAGAAGUGAGAAAAUGAGAGACUACUGGACCGAGCCUAUGUGUUCGAUCCUUUAUGGUCGUUUUUUUUCAAAUGGCACCCAAUGAAAUCCCUUUUCUCAUCAUUCCUUUUCUCUCUUCUCCCCGCGCGCUACCUUGUUUGCGCGAGGUAUUACGCGCACUCUUUUAAGGCACCAUUGGAGAACACUUGUCUGUAAGUUGGUGAGAACGCUUCAUGAAGAUAACUGUAUUACUUCGUUUGAUUCCUCAGAGACUUCCUCAAUAAAUUCAAUGCAAGUGAAUGGAAAAAUCCCAAAUGGUACAGAACGAUCGGUCUUUUCACGACUGGGAACAUUCGGAGCAGCGUCUGGUGGCUAUGGCACUUUUAGCGACUACGGUAACUACACCCACUCUUCUGGGUUUCGUCUGUUUCGUCAGCGGUGGUACGCAAUGUUUGUUAAGCGCCUACUUCACUCCAAACGUCACAAGCUGUCCCUUAUUUCACAGCUUCUCCUUCCACUGGUGUUUACGCUUAUUGCACUCAUUAGUGCCAAGACUUUUCCUCAGCCCACUGACUCACCGCCUCUUGAUCUGACUACACAUAACUACCAGAACAACUUCGUUCCUUGGGCUUCAGACGGGUAAGUGUUGGCUCCUGAAGUAUUCUAGUCUCCUGACUUCGUAGCCGUUCUUUGUAGGGAGGAGCGUUGCGUGACGACUCUGCGGCUACUUUCGGCUGGAGAGAUGCGACGACCGGAAAUACGUCUGCGUCCGCAUAGUUAAGAGCACGAUGAUUUAAGGGGGGGAGAGGUGACGUGGGGUUAUCGGAGCAUCGGUGGGAAGGGGGAUGAUGUGUGAAGAAGCAAGUUUGACAAAUGGAUGGAAAGUACAGAGAAAAAGAGGAAUUUCCUUUCCGUUCACUCUUAGGUGUCCAUGAGCCGAAGAAAGCUUUAAUUGGUAAAGUUAUCGAGAAAGGUCUAGUUUAUAUUUUGUUCCGAGUGUGUCCCGUAGUUUCUUGAUGGGAAGUCUAUACUUGUAGUAAGUUGGAAGGGGCGUCAGUUCAUACAAAGCCAAUAGCGAAACAAAAAACAUAAUUUGCUUGCAUGACAAAAUUUACUUCUAUACCUUUUUCCUAAAAGAGCAAAGUCACUCUGGAAGGAGAUAUCUCUUGUUACAAACAAAUAGACAGUGUGUUUAGUUACUGAUUGUUCGCUGAUCUUCUCCUCAAACAAAUGUAAAUACACAACACCGAAAAUUGACAUUUUAGAUCUCGCUGAGCUCAGGAGCUUGGUCUCUUAGGUGUGAAGUCAUAUCAUAGUUGUUUUUUGUUUUCCAAAUAUAGUUCUUCAGGGGCAAAAUCGUUAGCCGAAAAUUUCCGAACUCAGUGGCCUGGUGGUGAUACAAAGCCUGUUCACGUGACCGGUGAUAUGGAAAAGUACUUAACGACCGAAGCCACGAAAGAUGGACUUGGAGGCUUUAACAAGCAUGAUUUGAUUGCUGCUACUUUUGUAAAGAAAAAUAGGAAAGGUAGGAUUUUUUCUUGGGAGUUAUCCAACUCAAGUUCAUAUUUCUAGAAAGUUAAAAAAACGGAUCCAUGUCUUUCGACAAAAGAAAUCAAAACCAGACCACUGCAGAGUACCUUUCCAGUUCUGUAGUAAAGAGAACCAGACUUCGUCACCCUGACAACUGUAUUUAUGCAUGCUUUCUCUGAGAAAAUGGUGAAACCAUUAAAAAAAUAUGAAAAGACAAUGGAAGGAGCUCCAAUUCAUUAUUUGAACCCCACAGAAUUGUCUUGAAUUUGAAGGAAACCUCAACGCCAGAUCGGCAUCUGCAAUAUCAUCGGCUCGAAUCCCAUCGGAGAUUUAUGCCGAUUUUUUUCUGUAAACCUUGGUGGUGACGUUAAGAUUAUUUUUUCUUUAUUAUGCAAAAACGUUUGAGCACCUUAAACCAGCGGCUGGCCAUGUUGGCACUGAGGGAGGGGUGGGUUGGUCAGAUAGCCCAUUGCCUUGAAAGGUUUCCUUAUCUUUGUUCAUUUCACUUUGUUUCUCAGUUAAUGUUACGGCGUGGUUCAACAACCAAGCUUACCAUGCUAUCGCCGUGUCACUUGCGGCUGCCGACGCUGGUAUACUGCGGUCUGUCCUGGGAAAAAACGUCUCCAUGACAACUGUAAACCACCCGUUGCCUAGAACAGCUCAAGAAUCCAUCAACGAUUUACGGCGGUAAUGCUAACCGACACAUUAACCGUCUAGAUUCUUCUAUAACACAGUCUGUGAACUCUUCUUUCCUCUCUUUUUUCUUUCCUGUUUAUUCUUUGAUUUACCCGUCCUUUUCCAAUUGUAUAAUUUUUUAAACUUGGCCUCUUGACAUCGUGGUUAACUGCGUAUGUGAAGGUAGUUUGCAGUGCAUGAAGACAUGAGGCACCAAGGACUGUAGAAAAAGUUUGUGCUUUUGACUGAAGUCCACUUUCGGGUAAAGUUCUACCUAGGUUACCAGAGGUAGGGGUAUCCUUUACGGGAAGCAGGCCAACACAUCUUCAGACAAAGGGCCGCAGCCACAAACGGCCAAGCGACGAGAAAAAAGUAGGUCACUGUAUAGACUUGACCGAAACGGGAAAUCGCACAUGAAAACUCUCUGGCAUGUAGGUUAUAUUAGUGAAUUUCCCUCCUUAUUUGAUUGUAAUAAUUUCAUUAUUUUUAUCAUUAUAAUUUUUCCAUUUACUGCAGCAAUGGACUCGGCUUCCAAAUCUCCUUCAAUGUGUUAUUUGGCAUGGCUUUUCUGGCCUCCAGCUUUGUAGUGUUUCUUGUUCAAGAACGAGCCAACAAAGCGAAACAUGUGCAGUUUGUCAGCGGUGUUGACCCAUUUAGCUACUGGGAUUCUGCCUAUACCUGGGACCUUAUCAAUUUUCUCCUCCCGUCGCUGUCGAUUUUGAUUCUUGUAGCAGCUUUUGACGUGCCAGCCUACACUGGUAAGUAUAUUAUGUAUUUUUACAAGCCUACAAGGCAAUUUCGAGUCUCAAAGCUCUCACAUUUCUAUCAUUAAUCGUCCGUAAAAAUAUCUUCUGUGCUGAGACGUGAACUUUGAAAUGAAUAUGGCAUGUUAUCAUGGAAAACUGGUUUGAACUGGGGCUGGGAACUCAAACUACUGGGACUAUGCCUAAGUGUUCGCUAACGCGAAAUACGUCUACAUUUACGAUUCUUUCUGCAGGGUGAGGGGCGAAGUCAAUAGGCACGAAUUUAUGCUAUUUUUAUGCUUCUUUUCCGUUUUCAAACUGUGGCAGGAUCAGCUCAGUCGGUAGAGCGCUUGCCUAUAGAGCGGGAGGUCGCGGGUUCGAUUCCCGGGGGAAGACCAAUACCCAGGGCUCUUAAAACAUAUACGUUGACACUCAAAUAAAGUGUUUUUUUUUUUAAUCUAAUCAACCAUACCGUGCGCCAGUUUGUAAUUUGAAUCAAAGUUUUUUUCUUUUCUUUUAGGUCCCCGCGUAGGUUACUUGUUCAUGUUACUGAUGUUGUAUGGCUGGGCCAUCAUUCCUCUCAUGUAUCUCUUCUCCUUUGUUUUUCGCACCGCCUCCACUGCCUUCGUGGUUCUAACUAUGUUCAACGUUAUUACUGGCCUGGCUUGUCUACUGACUGUAUUCAUUCUAAGCAUUCCAGGUAACUUGUCUUUUUUAAAAAUCUUCCUUGUCAAUGAGAGCCUUAAGACUUAAGACAAAUUGAGACCAAAACGGUGGAAAUUGAUAUGAUGGCGCGGAGGUUUUAGCUCGUAGUGCCGUGGAGUGUUAGGCCAUGUCAAAGUUUGUUUCCUUUGGACCUACCUGAACUUGUCUGAUCCGCCGCCGAUGUUUAAAAUAGCGCCGGGGAGAUAAGUAAGGCGUUAUGGUCACGCUACGGACGUCGUCCGCCACGCCGAUCGCGGAGUGGUGUUCCCCCCUUUACGCCAUAUGUACAUGUUUUGUUGUCAUGUUUUUAUUAGACUAAAAUUUAAAGCCAAGCCAAAGGAAAUGCGACAUUAAAAGUUCGUGACGCACCUUCUUUAACAUAUUGUUGUUGUUGUUCUUUAUUUAUUUAACCCUAGACCUUGAUCUCCUGGACGUAGCAAACGCUCUGAAAUGGGCCUUCCUUGUUCUGCCGAACUACUGCCUGGGUCAAGGCCUAACUGAUAUGUUUGAUAACUACAAUGCUCUGGAUUUCUUUAACAAGGCUCUUAACAUGUGUCUUCAUACCAAUUUGCCCUACUUUCACCCUACUAAAGCUGAGUGCGAAAAGCUCAUUCGAGAAUAUGGCGGCAGUCAGUUGGAGUUUCAAGAGAACUACCUAUCUUGGGACAACCCUGGUAUUGGACGCUACCUGGUAUUCCUGGCCUUAGAAGGGAUCGUUUUCUACUCCCUUCUUCUAUUAAUUGAGUAUGGGGUUUUCAACCGAUUGACGGGAAUCUUCAGGCGUAGUUUUUCCACGGUUGGGCUGCGGAGCGAAGAAUCUUUAGUGGCCGAAGAUGACGAUGUUUUAGAGGAAAAAAGAAGGGUGAUGUCAUCAGAGAACAUGGACGACGUGCUUGCUAUCAAAGAGUUAACUAAGGUCUUCUCAGGAAAUGGACGUGAGUACAAUUCGCAAGCCUGCGUAGCAGGCGCUUGGAAGUUGUGGGCGAAAGAGAGAACGGGCGCGCGCUAGGGAGACACGCGAGGGGUGAGGGAGCUACCUCUCCCCUCGCGUGUCUCCGUAGUGAUUUAUGCCUGCGAUGAUCUAGUCCCAAGAAUUCUUUCAAAAAACAUUUAAAGACAUAUUUAUUUCACCAAGCUUUUUCUUAAUUUAUAAUUAGAUUUCUAUUUAAUUUUCAUACUUAUAUGUAGUUCAGUUGUUAGAUUUUUUAGAGUUUUAAUACAUUUUUGUAAAGCGCCUAGAACAGUUAAUGAUAUAGACGCUAUAAAAUAAAGUUUAUUAUUUAUUAUUAUUAUUAUCCUCGAGUAGUGAACGAUGGACACAAAGGGUUUUGAAUUCUGAGUCUACUCUACUUAAUAUCUGCCAGACACUGAAGUGAGGAAAUCGAUCCUUUACAUGUAAGAAUAAAUAAAAUUGUUACAGUAGACUUCUACGUGCAGCUUUGUCCAGUAUAAAAGCUGGAAAGACCGUAUAUCCUGAAGAGCUUUACGGGGAUCUUUUAGUACUAUAUAAUGGUAAUAGGACUGAGUGGAGUCCAGUUCGGUCUGUCAUCAUGCGAGUGAUAAACAAAAUCGGACGACAGCGUAGCGGGAUUCCGUUUAGUUAAUCACAAGUAUGGUUAUGUUGGUUGUAGCAUUGGUAUUAUUUAAUGGUCGGGUGCGGCUUGUUUGGAAACCAUCUUACGUGAUCUCUGUUAUCGUGGAUAUAAUUAAUUAGAUAGGAACUAACUAAAUUAAUCAAGAUAAAAAGUAAAUAAGCCACGUUUUUUUUCCCCAGGUCGUUCGCCAUUGAUAGCGGUAGAUAGUCUGUGCCUCGGGGUUCCCAUGAGAGAGUGUUUUGGCCUUCUUGGUAUCAAUGGAGCCGGUAAAACAACAACGUUUCGCAUGUUAACUGGAGAUGAGACCAUGACAUCCGGGACUGCUGUGGUGGACGGGUUUGACAUCAGAGAGGACAUGAACAGGGUACGUUUUUUGAUUCGAGCAGCCUGUUGUUUGGUUAAGUCACUUAAGUGUCGAGAAGAGUUGUGCCAGAAAGGAGGGUCAGUCUCCCAUUCGACUCAACUAUAGCGAGCGUUUUUUAAUAUGAGAAAAAAGUUGACCCCUUUGUUUAGGUCGAGAGCUGAGGAUAUCGCUCGCGCCUACUCUGAUUGACUUGCUUUGAAGCGUUUAUAUGGAGAAAAGUUGUUCCGGCUAGGAAGGUGACUCUAUUUUCGAAAAAGGGUGAUCGGGCUGGGCGGAUCAUCCUUCUAGCCUCUAGCCGAGCCAUCCGAUUGUUUCUCAUGUAAACGGCUCGCCAAGGUUUGUAAGGAAAUGUAGGAAAGGUAGCUCGGGUAAGUGAAUGAUCUUUCUACCCCGGGAUAGGUUUUCCCAUAACGGUGCCUUAGCAUUUCCAGUACAUCCGACGCUCCUUAACUCUACACAAGACAAUUCGCAACGUUAGACAACUUUCAGCGCAACAUAGAGUUGCAACAUAGCUUCCAGUUGUUACAACAUUGUUCCAAAACUGUUGCCCCAGAAAUCGCCCUUGCAGAUCGGGAUCUAUUUAGGUUUCUGGAAAGCUGCCCGCCUAUCCUUCUCCUAAGCCAACAUUAACACCUACCUUCUCACUUAGGGCGAAAUGUUGGCUUAGGGGAGGGGUAGGUGGUGUUUUAUCCAGUUCUCCGCCCACCGCAAGGAGCAAAAUUCAGAGUUAUUUUUCAUUUUUUUCUUCGAAAAACAACUUUUCGGCAAAUUUUAACAUUACACAUGUGUUGUUUCUAGGUUCGCCAGCGUAUUGGCUAUUGUCCUCAGUUUGACGCUUUAAUAGAUCAGCUGACCGGAAGAGAGCUGCUCUAUAUGUAUGCUCGGCUACGAGGCGUACCGGAAGUUUUGAUAGCGGAUGUUGUUGAGGAGCUUAUUCAAGCAUUGCUUCUUCAAGAUCAUGCGGAUAAGUUAACAAGUUCUUACAGGUAUUUCUGAUUUCGCCAUUAAUACGCAGUGAAACCUUAGGAUACCCUUGCCUUUUUCGGAACUUAGCUGUGUGAGCCUUAGCCUGUUGCAGGCGCUUAGACAGUUAGGAGCGGCGUGACGAUAGUUACUUUGCGCCACUCCAAACUAUCUAUGCGGCUAAAUGCCUGGAAAAGGCUAUGCGAGCCCGAGACCCAGUUUACACCACCAAUUUUCACCUGUGCAACCCAUUUACACGAAACCGUGCAAAUUCUCUGCAGAUUGCAGUGAUGUUUGCGGUUGAAAACCUUGCACAGUUCCGCGGGUUACGUGUAAACAAAAGGCGGAUCCGCGCAAGUUUUUGUCCGUUCAAAAAUUUGUCCGGGCUCUUGUAAACAGGGUAUGAGUUUGCCGUUUCGUCAACUUGCAACAAAGCGGUUCUUAAUUUUGAAAUUAAAACCGACCAAUCACAGCGAAGAAAAAUCCUGUAUAUGAAGAGAGAAACCAACCAGAGCUUACAACAGAAAAAUGUAGCCGCCGCAAAGCGCGGGAAAACGCGGUUGGGAUUAUACUUCUGAUUGGCUGAUGUGUAAGUGGUGCGAAUUAUCUCAGCCAAUCAUAUAGUGCGAAAUCCUGAUUGUUUUUUUAUGCAAUGACCUAUUUCUUGGCUUACAAUUGUCCGAGUUUUGCUUUAACGUCAUCUUAGGAUACUUGUAGCUCGUGUCCGCUUUGUUCAUUCUUACACUACUGGAAAACUUGCGUGCGAAUCUUCCCAAUCCUAACUGCUCUGUGAACUAGAUGACAUAUCUAUUGGUAUGCUUUUGAAUUUGGUGGCUAGUGAAUACUAUUCGCGUAAAACCCGUUUUCCUUUGCCACUUUCUGAUCUUAUGCUUAUUUUAAUAAAAAACGCGGCAAACGUCGCCUUUGAUGUCGUCAUAGCAGAGCUCGUACCCAGCUCCCACAAAUGCUCGUUAAUGGGGUAGACAGUACCUUACUUCAAACUGUGAAGAAACACGGGGAUCGCACAAUUAAGUAGUCAAUCAGGUGCCCUUAUUCAACGAAAACAAAAAAUUGGGGUUAGUAAUACUUCAGUUCAGCUUGUCUGUAAAUGCUUAUAUGAGGGACACGAAUUAAGUCAGGGUUAAAGGUAGCCUGUUGCAGGUUCCAAGAUGGUAUUGCAGUGCAGUGGUGCAGUGAAAAGUGAUAUCAAAAACGCGCGGGGGGCUGGAGAGAGAGACCCUACUAUCUGAGAGCCCUGGCACAGGCUAGGUCACUGAGUGGUAUUUUUUAAACCUCUCCUUUUUAGUGGUGGAAACAAGCGGAAGUUGAGUACUGCCAUAUCGUUAGUAGGGGACCCCCCCGUGGUGUUUUUGGAUGAGCCUACAACUGGCAUGGACCCGGUAGCGAGAAGACUAUUAUGGGAUGCACUGUCACGUGUUCGUGAUGAUGGACGAUGCAUAGUGAUUACGUCACAUAGGUGAGUAUGGUCCAUGCUGAAGAGAAAGUUAGGAUGCUAAAAUGAUGAAAAAAGUUAUGUUAAUUACUUGGGAAUGUUUACAGAAAAGCGUCGAGGAUUGAAAAAUCAGUUCAGUCCUUGCAAGCACCUGAAGCAAAGCAAAGAAAAGCUGAAGACACUGGCAAAACAUUUUUUCUUCCCUUCGCAUUGUGUCUUUUUCGUUCCCCUCAUUUCUUUCUUAUUUUUAGUUGUAAAGCUUACAAUCGUUUCUCCUUUAUUAUUCUUAGUAUGGAGGAAUGUGAAGCUCUGUGCACUCGGCUAGCGAUCAUGGUUAAUGGGCGAUUAAAAUGUCUGGGAAGCCCGCAGCAUCUUAAACACAAGUUUGGCGAGGGAUACACGCUUCUAGCUCGAGUAUCAAGCAACACACCCGACACUGCACCACUGAAGCAGUUUAUAGAGAGCUCAUUCCCUGGAAGCGUGUUGAAAGACGAGCAUCAAGGCAUGGUCCACUAUCACAUCCGCGAUACCAGCAUAACGUGGGCUCAGCUGUUUGGGGCAAUUGAGAGAGUCAAACUGAACUUCAAUAUUGAAGAUUACUCUGUUAGUCAGACAACCUUAGAGCAAGUAUUUCUGAACUUUGCCCGAGGACAGAGAGAGGAGGACAGUUAAUGGAAUGUGAACUGUACUAGUUAAAACUAUAGCCCUCAGGGGGAGGGGGAGCUACUUGGGUCAAUUUUUGUUGCAACCUCGUCCUCAGGGCGCUUUUCCCUAGCUUUGGAGGUGGGGCCCACCUCCAACGCUAGGGUAAAGCGUCCUUGGGACGCGGUUGUUUUUGCUGGGUAUGUGCCGCUGGUCUUUCAGAAUCCCUACCCCAUUAUAGUCUAUUGUGCGGCUAAUUAUAGUCCCUAUCUUGGUCACUUUUAGUCGAAUGUAAUUUACUUUACCACUUUCUGUUUAUGCAUCUACCUUAUAAAACCUAGUAAGACGAUCAUCCUGAAACGAAUUCACUAUAUUUUUGUGUGUGUCAAAUUCCUAGAUACAAAAAUUUUUUAACCUCAAACUCUCGAAAAUUUGCGACCCCAUGCAGCGGCACAUACCCAUUAGCCUUUUACUAGGAAGUACCCUCCCCGGGACUAUAUCCAUACCAGAUACCAUUUAUAUCCGGCGAUAGAUAACUGUCAACCAAUGAAACAAUAGUUUAAAACAAUUUUUAUCCGCGCCAUAAGACAGCGCCUUCUGAACUGAGUUAUUUUUAUAGAUAUUUUAAAUAUUAUUUUCUAAAGUCGAAUUAUUAUUAUAAAAAUUUGAAAAGAGAACAAACCGGAUGUAGUAUAAAUAUCGUGUAGGACAAUUAAUGUCAAGUAUAUAUAAACACAAUUAACUGCAAAAUAUGAAAAGUUUCUAGAUUUUCCUGUGUCUUGCCUCAAGUGUUGCACGUAUCUGUCUUCGAACUACUUUUUACCACUGUACAACAACCUUUGGUUUUCAACAAAUCCGAACUCAGUUAAGAGCAAGACUGACCAUAACUUUUCAGACUUUUACAGUAACCUACAG